GAUCGAGCCAGAGCUAGCCUGAUAGACCGAGAGACAGACAGACAGACAGUCAGACAGACAGUCAGACAGACAGUAAGGCAGGUAGACAGACUGACGGAAUGAAUGACUGACAGACGGACAGACAGGCAGACAUACGGACAGACAGACUGACUAACUGACAGGGAGACAGGCAGUAAGGCAGGUAGACAGACAGACGGAAUGGAUGACUGACAGACGGACAGACAGGCAUACAAACAGACAGACAGACUGACUAACUGAAAGAGUGACUUACCAUCACCACUGAACUUUCACAGGUUGUUUUAUAUGUUGCAUUGUACAGUAAACGGCACACCAAAUCUGUUCAAGUAGCUACAGUUGACCUAAAUCCACCUUUUAUUUAAUUUAAUAAUAUCUGAGAAGUAAGAAGGUGCCUUAUUUUACCAGUGCACCAUGUUCCAUUUCCGGUGUAUCCAGGAUUACAAGUGCAGUUGUGGGACCCAAUGGUAUUGUUACAAAAGGCAUUGCCAUCACAGUUAUCGGUGUUGUUUGAACACUCGUCAAUAUCUAUUGGACAAAAAGAAAUGUAGUUUAGUUUUUAAUUUACUUCCACAAAAACACUACCGAUCACAAGGCUUACCUUGUAAUUCUCGUGAUAUGAUUCCACUGACACCAAUACGUAAAUUCAAAUGAAUUAAAGAGUUUCCUAAGCGGUCUUUAACAUCAUCGAAUGUUAAUUCUCUGAUAUUAUUUCAUAUCCUUAGUUUAUAGUUAUAUUAAUUAGUUAACCUGUAUCCAUUCAUUCUCUGGGCAUGAUUAAAAAUUCACUUAGGUAACUUCGUAGCAUAUUUAGUUCGGUACCACGCUUUUAACGCAGAGGUCCCGCGGGGUCCAACACUAUUGAUGAAGUUCUUUAUUAAUUUUUUGUUACUGCUGAUGCUUCUCUUGCAACAUAGAUUCCUUCUAUGCAUAUGACUGCCAGAACAUUUCUUUACGUAUUAACAGUUAAGAUGUUUUAAAAUUACAUAGCAUUUUACUUUUCAGACACAUAUCUUUUUCGUUUUAUAAUUUAUUAUAUUAUUUCAAGUGAAGUGAACGCGCAAAAGUUUGUAAUAAUAUCCAGAGGAGAAGGAACAAUGUGUUUUAGGAAAUAGUCUUAGGUUGUUCGCAAUUUCCUUUUCCACCACAAUUGAAAAGAUGUGUCGUACACUUUAUCUAAAAUAUGAGAAAUUAAAGCCAUAUUCCAGUGUAAAUAAGUUUUUAGUUAACUACCAUAUCCUUAGUGAAAUAGCAUGUUAUUCAUUAAAGACCAAGAUAACAAAAUUUACACACCAAUGCAAGUCGUUCCAUUUCCCGAGUAUCCAGCAUAACAGGUGCAGUUGUAAGACCCCACGGUAUUGUUACAGUAAGCGUUCAUAUCACAGUUGUCAGUGUUGUUUGCACACUCGUCAAUAUCUAACAUGAAAAUUUCAAAAAAGCCCUCAAAUAAACAAUUUAACUGACUACUUACAAAACCAGCAUUACAGCUAGCCUCAAGGGUGUAACUAACUCCUAUCAUAGUGUAACGAUCUAAUAGGCUAUUAUAUAAUAUUCUGUAAUAGAUCUAGAUUUUCCCGAAAAGUUAGAAAGAAUCAAGAGGAUUGGUUUGAGUCAUCUGCGCAAUGAUAGUCCCGCCCUUUUCGGAAAUGAAGUUGUUAAACCUUGUUACCCUGAAGACUCACGGAGGUAAGUGACCUGGGGCGGAACCGGCAAGAUGUGGUUCGAGUGGUUCGUUCGAACUCCCUAAGCCGAAAUACUAACGUUUAACACGUUCGGUCUCUAUCGAAAAACGUAGGUAGACAUACAUCGCCAACAAACACUAUAUGUUGUCUCUUGAAAAAUGGCUGUGAUGAAAAGAAAAAUACAUUGAUAGAGGAAAGUCUUUUCCUGGUUUAUAUGACUGUUGAUUCCAUUUCUGAUGAAACCCAAGAAUUAUCUUUUUAGAGCACUUGGGAACAUGCCCCCAUGGGCCAGACCCCGUCAAAACAGAUAGAUUCGCCCCAGAUGGCUACUGUAUUGGGUGCAUAUUUUGGCAAGUAGAGGAAUAAUGUACAGUGAGCGUAACCAAUCAUAGUAACUUAGCUGUACCUCAGUAUUGCGACCGUUGUUUUGGUUCUAAGACCCUUCUCUAGGGGCAGUCAUUGAAAGGUAAAGACAAAGUUGAAGGCCCAUGCAUUGUCCCCCUUGCGGUUAUGAGAAGGUAACGGCUAGUAGGGGGUUAAACGUAGUUAAUUCCGGCUCUUUGUUUAGUGCUCACAGGUAUAUCUAUUGCAAACGUUUAUAUUUUUACCAGUACAGUUGAAGCCAUUUCCAGAAUAUCCUGAAUUGCAGGUGCAGUUGUAUGAUCCAACAGUGUUGUUACAGUAAGCGUUGCCAUGACAUUUAUGACUAUUUUCCGCACAUUCGUCAACAUCUAGGAGAAGUGGGAAGAAAACCAUCAGUAACUAUAAAGGCAUAUUUUAUACUGACGUACAUUCAUUAUCAUCAGUGCACAAUAUACAUUGCUGGUACGAAACCAGCAGCUCACCAUACAGUUCAAAUGUUUCCAGUCAUUCCAGCCAGAACAUGACAAUCUGCAGUUUCUGUUCUGAUUCACCCAGGCAACACGGAAAGCCGCAAAAGUCUGGCAUAAAAGAAAAUCUUUCCAAUCGACACCCUAGGCUUUAUCCUCAAGGAAUAAACAAACGCUUUUAAUGGAACUUAUUUUUUCCUGUUUUCCACCUUACCAUAUUCCCACAAUGCAAAAGCAGAGAUCCAACAUCCGUUAAAUAAACAGCACACAACCCACAAUCAGCUACAUUCCCCUUUGACAAUGGAAUAACGUUGUCUGCUUCUGCUAAGGUGGUCAAUGUAUUUCAUCAACUAAAAAAACAUUAUGUACCAACUUUGAGGUUUCAAUUUGUUGCAAUGAUUUACCUUCUCUGGAUUCAGUUUUCUUAAAGAAUUAUUUUGAUAAAAGGUUUUUUAGUCCGUUAUCGAGAAAAAACAAAUCAUAUUUACCAGUGCAUGUUGUUCCGUUUCCUGUGUAUCCAGAGUUACAAGUACAGUUAAAAGACCCCACAGUAUUAUUACAAUAAGCAUUGGGAUCACAGUUAUCGAAGUUAGCUGCACACUCGUCAAAAUCUAAGAAAAGAAAUAUGGCUGAGCAUAAGAAUUUUACCACGCUAAAUUGUGAAAUGUUAGCCGCUUCAAAUAUUAUUUAAAGUUACAGGAGCGAGAGGAAAGUGCUCACAGCAUGAUCACACAUGAUCACAAAGCUGAACAAACAGACAGACGGACGGACAGACAGACAGACAGACAGACAGACAGACAGACGGACGGACGGACCGACGGAAGGACGGACAGACAGACAGACAGACAGACAAAGGGAUAGACAGAAAGAUAAAACUAGGAGGCAAGUAACAGGG